GCAUUUUGUAGAGGAGAAGAAAAGCCCUACUGUGUAUUGUUGAGGUGCCUAUUUGCCAGUAGGGGUGAUCAUCAGUUUUGCGUAUAGAAACAGCGUCGUCCUUCCCCCACCGCCUCUUUUUUUUAACUUCUAGCAGAAGUGCGGAUGUGAGUUGCAUAUUGAUACGGAACAGGCCGCUAGUUUUUUUUUUUUUUUUAGCAAUGUGUGCUUAGGCAAUGAUCAUUUUGUGGAGCUAUGAAUCCAGAGGAGCAGACUGUAACGUGGUUAAUAUCACUAGGAGUGCUCAGCUCGCCUAAAAAAAAUAUAGCGGACCCGGAGGAGUUUUUGAAAACAUCGUUGAAGGAUGGGGUCGUCUUGUGCAAGCUCACGGAGCGGCUCAUACCUGGCUUCACUCCCAAGUAUUGCCAGGAUCCGAGAACUGAAGCCGACUGCAUUUCCAACAUCAGGGAGUUUUUAAGAGGAUGCUCGUCCUUGAAAGUGGAAGGUUUUGAACCUGAGUGGUUAUACACUGGCGAGAAUUUUGGCAAGGUUCUGAACACUUUGCUGGCAGUCAACUUUGCCACACAAGACUGUGCUGCUGAGAGGUCAUGUCCGCAGUCUGGUGCUACCUCUCCUAGUCAGUCGACAUCUUCACACACACUUUCCUCUGCCAAAUCCAAAGGCUCUCUGCGUCGACAAUCCAAAUCAGUGGAGAUGUCUGAGAACGGUGGAGGUGGGCAGCAGAUGGUGAAGGCCCGCUUCAACUUCAAGCAGAACAAUGAGGAUGAGCUGUCAUUCAAUAAAGGUGACCUGAUCCUUGUGACGCGGCAGGAGGAGGGAGGAUGGUGGGAGGGCAGUCUCAACGGCAAGACAGGCUGGUUCCCCAGCAACUACGUCAGGGAGAUCAAACCCUGCGAGAAGCCAGUGUCUCCUAAAGGAACUCCGCUGACCAAGAACUACUACAGUGUGGUUGUGCAAGAUAUCUUGGAACAUGAGCGGGAGUUUGUCAAAGAAUUGCAAGCAGUGCUGAGCUGUUAUCUACGGCCCUUGCAAGCCAGUGACAAGCUGAGCAGUGCAGACAGCUCCACCCUGUGUGGAAACCUGGAGGAGAUCCUUACCUUCCAGCAGGGACUAUGUGUGGCUUUGGACGACUGCACAAAAGUCCCAGAGGUCCAGCAGCGGGUGGCGGGCUGCUAUUUAAACCUGAUGUGUCAGAUCAAGACUCUGUACCUGGCUUACUGUUCCAGCCACCCUUCAGCUGUCUGCAUCCUCACUGACCACAGUGAGGAACUAGACAAGUUCAUGGAGAGCCAGGGAUCCAGUGCUCCAGGAAUCCUGACCCUGACCACCAGUCUCAGUAAGCCCUUCAUGAGGCUGGACAAAUACCCAACCCUGCUGCAAGAGCUGGAGAGACAUGUGGAGGAAGCCCACCCAGACUAUGCUGACAUAGUAAAGGCAACAGCAGCAUUUAGGAGCCUAGUGGCACAAUGCCAGGAUCUGCGGAAGCGCAAGAACCUGGAGAUCCAGAUCUUGUCAGAACCAGUGCGGGCCUGGGAGGGAGACAGCAUGAAGAGCUUGGGUCACGUGGCCUACAUGUCCCAGGUCCAUGUGAAAAAUGGGUCCAGUGAGGAAAAAGAGGAGCGCUAUCUAAUGCUGUUCCCAAAUGUGUUGGUUAUGCUCUCCGCCAGCCCCCGGAUGAGUGGUUUUAUUUAUCAGGGAAGACUGGCACUGACAGGCACCACAGUAACAAGACAUGCAGAGGAUGCAGACAAUGCCCACUAUGCCUUUGACAUCACAGGAAGCAUGAUCGAUCGUAUUACAGUGUUCUGCAGCAGUGCCCAGGAGUUACAGGAGUGGCUAGAGCACCUUCAGCCCUUUACCAAAGGAGGCAGCCCUGCAAGCACCAUUUCAAAGACUGUAGAAGGCAAGCCACUGAGCAUGGUCGGUACUCCAACUCACCUCUCGCACCUGGGCAGCAUCAGUGCUGUUGGUCGCGGCCCCCUGGAGCCUCCGAAGAUCAGCAAGCCCUGGUCUCUCAGCUGUCUGCGUCCUGCGCCCCCCCUCAAACCCUCUGCUGCACUGGGAUACAAAGAGAGGAUGUCUUAUAUCAUGAAGGACUCCAGCAAGAGCCCGCGGCCCAUAAAGAAGUUCCUGCCAGGCAAUAGGAAGAAAGAGCGGAAGCCCUCUGAUGACGAGGUUCAAACGAGGAAAAGCACAGCUGCUCUGGAGGAGGAUGCUCAGAUAUUGAGGGUGAUUGAGGCGUACUGCACAGGAGCCAGCCUGCACCAGACCACCGCAGGUGUUCGUUUGUCGGUACGGAAGGAGUGCGUCCCUCAGGUGCUUCUGCCAGAGGAGGAGAAGAUCAUUGUGGAGGAGAUGAAGAGCAAUGGGCAGACAGUUAUUGAGGAAAAGAGCCUGGUGGAUGCUGUGUAUGCUUUAAAGGAUGAGGUUCAUGAAUUAAAAAAGGAGAACAAGUGGAUGAAGCAGUUUAUGGAGGAGGAGCAGAAGUCUCGCAAAGAGCUGGAGAGAAUGGUUCGAAAACUGGCCAAGCAGAAGAAUGAUUGUGCUUGGGAUGAUAUCAGCCACUGAAUACAUCCAUACAAUCAUCCUCAUACUAGUGUGUCUGCGUGCACGUGUAUGGGUACAUUUAUGUAAGCAUGUUUGUGGAGGGUGAGGGGUGUGUGUGUAUUUGGGUAUCUGUCUAUGCUGCGUCUCUAUAUUUCACACAUAGCAUACACAGUGACGAUGAUGCUUGGAGUUUCUUCGUGCUGGAUUUGACAUUUUGAUGAAAUCUAAUCUGUCUUCCUGAUCCAGCCUCACAUGGUGAUACUACAAAUAUGCCUCCUCGUGAAAUGGCUUUGCUGAACUAAGACUGAUCAAGUGGGAUAUUUCAAACAUACUGCCUCUUGGCGACUGGCACUGUGAACAGUCCCCUGCAAAUGGAAACAUUCUGGACACAAAACAAGUUAUUUUCUUUUGCUUCUGUUCAAAAUGGAAAAGGAGUUGUUCUCCUGCAUGCACAUCUGGGGACAGAUAUUUUUCACUUCACAUCAUGACUUUUUUUUUUGCCGUUGUCAUAUUUUUUUUGUCACAAGGAACCCCAGUGGGCCACUGAGCUUUCAUGAGUAUGUCUGAUUGGCAAUUUUACAAACAUUCUAGACACAUUGCAAAUUUCCAGGCCAUUUUGUAGGCGUUUAAGCAAUUCAAGCAGGUUAGCUCUUCAUUUCACAUUUGGUGUUUUCAAAACUGCAUGAAUGUACAGUGUUUCUACAGUAUGAAUUAUGCAUCAGAAAUGUGAUAAUAUAUAUAUAUAUAUAUAUAUAUAUAUAUAUAUAUAUAUAUUAGUCCAAAGCUAUCAGGGAUGCAGCUGCAUAAUAGUAUAGAAAAGGCUUAAUUAUGUAUCAUUUAUUAUAAAGAGUAUGCAAAUAAUGACAAAGAUGUCACCCCUACUCUUCUUACUAAAAUGUAUUCAAGUAUCAUUUUAACAUAUUAAUUACAUAGCCUUGCUUUAUUUUGGAUUUUCUUUUUAAUAUUUUUUAUUUAUUGUUCACUCAAGCAUUUAAUUGUGGUGUUAGCCUUACAGAUAGUUUUGCUGCCUUUAAAUUUGUCUAGGAAUUUUAUAAACUAAACUGAUGUGUAAAGGCAGAGAAAAAAAUCUUGUUUUGGCCAAGGGAAAAUAGUCAUUUUUUAAUCGGAAAAGAGGAAAAUUACUUUAAUAAUGAGUCUGGCUUGAGGAUUCAAAGGUUUUUGUUUGCAGCCUCUGUGGCCUCAUAGCAGGUUCCUGCAGAGCUGAUGGAAACAGACUGAGGAAAUAAACAGAUUUAUUUGUGGGUGUUUUAAGUGCCUCCCGAAGUGGUCGAUAAACUUAAAGAGAGUUUAAGACCAGGCUGGGACUAAAUGCAUGAUUUAUAUUGAAAAUGUCACAUGUGGUUUGUUGUAAUAUUUCAAUAAGAAUGGCUCAAGCUUAAUGGGUAUAUAUCGGGUCUGAAAAGCAUACAGGACCCACUGCGGUACAUUUCCUCAUGAGGUUGAGUGUGUGCACUGAUAACACUGUUAUCUACCCUAGCUGCACUGCAGAGCAGCAGUGGAUGCUAAUGAAAUGCAAUAAGUGACUGCUUUACUGACUGACCUCUGGGUUAGACCCAGGACGGUAGGCCAGAUUUGGAGAAAUUGCAAUAAUAAUGAAUGAAUUUACCCAAUUUAUUAACCAAAAGGGUCAGACCAUGUGGUUCAGCCACCACACAGUUAGUCUAUUCAUUUUCCUUUAUUUAAUCAAAUCUCUUGGUGAUUGUUUAAAGAUCACUGCCCAGGUCCCACUUUUCAUCUCAAAUGAUCCAAAAUGUAAUAAUAUUGUAAUACCUUACAAUCCCCGUUGGGAAGUGAUGAUUUUACGGGCACCUCUCUACAGGGAGGUCAGAGCACAGUGCAAGGGACAAGGCAGCACUUGUACAUCUGCAGCGGAGUCGGCAUCUUGUUCAAGAAAUGCUUGCUCAGGUGUUAGAGCUAACCUUUAACUCGCCAUUCCUAUUGGGACGCUCAGUUAGCAGCCGGAUUUUCUUCAGCAUUACAGAGACUGUGCUUCCUGUACAGAUGUGUGAUUCUGUCUCAUAUGUCGGCUGUUGAGAUUAACAUUAUUGCAGUUCCUGUACUCUAAAUUGUACCACAUACUGUAGUUUUGAAUUCCCAAUAUCCUCAGUAUGCACUUACUGUUAGGAGGGGGUUGAACCCUGGUUUAAUCGUGUUUAUCCGAAAUUAUGUCUCCAGACCACUGAGUGUACUGUUUUUGAAAGGUUCUAUGCAAUUGUUGUUGUUGCAAGUAUUGUAAUGCUUUUUUGUUUUCUAGACACUCUGUACUUUGUGUUUGGUAUGGUCAUUCUUUUAUUAAAAAUGUAAUAUAAUAAGCAGA